ACCGUGAUGACGUCAGUGCUGACGCGUUCAUUUAGCGUCGAGUCUUCAGAGCUGAGGUGAGUCGUUGACGCUUUUUCUCGUGUUUACACAACAAUAAAACACACUUUACAGUUUAUUAAAGCGACAAUCUGCGACUAGUUUCUGCAUUGAGUUCACCUCUAUCUGUGUGUCUGCCGACCAAAACAAUACAGCAGGCAGAGAGGAGCUCUGAGAGGACGAUAUGAUUCAGCUGUAAAUACUGGAAUAUCCCCAUCAGUCUACAAGUGAAGACGAGCAUCAGACCAUCAGGAAGAAGAGAAAUCUGCAAAGGACAGAGAGAAGAUGAGUGAUCCAGAACCCUGCAGAAUUAAACAGGAAGACAUUGAAGAACUAAUAGAUGUGAUGGUGAAGGCGAAGACUAAAGAACUGAGUGAAGAUGAGGAGAAACAUCAUGUCAAAACUGAAGGAGAAACUCAGUCAGAGAUUGAUCAUAGUUUUUUAGUGAAUACAACAGCCGUAAAAGGUUUCACCUGCACUCAGUGUGGAAAGAGUUUUAGGCAUAAACGGGAUUUCAAUCGUCACAUGAGGAUCCACACUGGAGAGAAACCUUUCCAGUGUUCACACUGCGACAAGAGAUUCAGUGAACCAGGAAACCUGAAAUCACACAUGAGGAUCCACACCGGAGAGAAAACACACACAUGUGAUCAAUGCGGCAAAACAUUUUUGAGGUCUACAGAUCUGAAGACCCAUCUUAGAGUUCAUACAAACGAGAGGCCUUAUCCAUGCUCUGAGUGUGGAAAGAGUUAUACACAUCGAUAUAUUUUGAAAGUACAUCAGAAGGUCCACACUGGUGUGAGAGACUUUGUGUGCUUAGAGUGUGGGAAGAGUUUUACCAGCACUGGAAACUUGAAACAACACCAGAUGAUGCACACUGGAGAGAAACCGUACAAGUGUUCACACUGCGACAAGGGAUUUGGUUGGUUAAAAUCACUGAAAACACAUGAGAGGGUCCACACUGGAGAGAAACCUUACCAGUGUUCACACUGUGACAAAAGAUUCAGUCUGUUACAAUCCCAGAAACGACACCAGAGGACUCACACUGUAGAGAUACUGUACACCAGGGGAGUCCAAAUUCGGCCCUCGAGGGCCGGUGUCCAGCAGAGUUUAGCCCCAGCUUGCCUGAACACACCUGCAGGGAUGUUUUUAGAAAGCCAAUAAGAGCUUGAUUAGCUAGCUCAGGUGUGUCUGAUUGGGGUUGAAACUAAACUUUUCAGGACACCGGCCCUCCUGGACCGAGUUGUACACAUAUUCAGUGUCUUAAAUACAGACGAGGAUCCACACUGGAGAGAAAACAGACAGAUGUGAUUAUCGCGGUGAACAUUUUUGAAGGCUUCAACACUGAAGAAACAUCAUUCAUACAAAGGAGAAGCCUUAUCCAUGUUCUUUAGCUCUAUCAGAAACUUGCUCUGCCCCCGACAAGAAUUUCCUACUAGAUUUUCCUAUUUCCUUUCAUGAGAUAAAACAGUUUCUGUGUACAACCCUUAAGCAGUCCCCGGCAUACUUUAAACAAAACUGAGGAGCAAACUGAAAAAUCCAUCUGAAACUGAGUUAAUUUUGAGUUUGUUGUUGAAGUUCGCAUCAGAUGAGGGACUUCAUUUUGGCUCCUAAAACCAUUUGAGCUGCCAUUGGUCUGUAGUGAUUCUGCAGUCUGUUCUGGAGCUCCGGCUUCUUUGACAUGCAAGUUCUUCCCCCCAAUUAAUUUCUGACUCCACGAUGUUCAGACAGGAGAACAACACCCAAAACAGCAGCACUAGCCACAUGAAUACACUGAAGAGUGGAGCAGCAGAGCUGGUGCAGAUAUAUCCGCACCUGUACGAUCGCCAGUGGAGAGAGUUUGAAGAGAGUCUCACACUGAAUGAGAAGCCCACCUUGUCUUUUCUAUCAGUUUGUGCACACCGGCAGCACCAAAAUACACAAUCCAAUCCUGUUAAUAUGAAAUAAAGCUGCUCAUAAACCA